CACCCCCCCCCCUAAACGAGAGAGGGCUUAGGCUACACAUCCUCAUACAUCCUAUACAUGCGCACAAACUUGACAUACCUGCAUAUGUACAGUGGGGAACCCAUGAGCUUCAGCGAUGCCGGGCUGGAUGAUCCAAGUUAUUUUUUCUUUGGAAGCUAUGGCGUGCGUGUGUGUGUGUAUGUGUGUGUUUGUUUUUGCCCCCUGCAUACUCAAAAUUGUUAAGAUGGACUUGCUUGCGUGUUACUUUGCACGAUUCACGCAUCAUUGGCCAAGCUUCUGGUCGGUCACUUGUGGUGUUGCCAAGCUGCAGCCCGACGAAGGGUGGGAGGGUCGCACAAACACUGAGACACACGCUCACGCUACACAAUAUCACAGCACAGCCACAUGACAUGGCAUGCCUAAGAGGAACAGGCCUUACCCUGAGCAUGUUAAACAGUUGUGUUAUAUAUCUAUAUAUAUAUUCAUGUGUGUUGUGAAAGCGGGUGAGACACUUAGAGGGAGGUGCAGAGCAAAGCAGGCCAUGGGGAGGGCGAGCGGUAGGUUGUGCACAUGUUCAUGUUGAGAGGAUGCAAGCCUUCCGCCUGUCCUCCCCCUGCUCUGUCCAACCAAAAUAGCAAAUGCUUUGUACGUGAUCUAGUCAUUGACCUCGUUAAAAAAAAAAAAAAAACACAAUCUUGUAACCAAUUUAAGGUAAGUCAACAACCUCUAGAGACUAGAAACACCUACUGGUUGCACAAAGGAACCAUCGACUCAUACUGGUACAUUUCAGUUUGAUAAGUACAACUACUUAAAGUAUUGUUGUAUUGUGUUGUACGGAACGCACGUCUCAGUCAAAAAUAGCUAAUGAAUUGAAUGCAAAGUUUAUUACAGGACUUUGUAAAGUUUACAAUUCAACAAACUCCUUUUUAAUCAAUUCAUUUUUUGGUUUAAUUUCAGUAUGACAGCCGAAGCAGAUUCAAGAUGUUCUGAAAACAGCACAUUCUGUUUAUGGACGUGCAUGUUUAUAUGUCCUACAUGCUGCUUUUUUAUUACAACAUGCAUAAUGUCAUGGUUUUGUGCAACACAGUGCAAAUGAUAUAAAAUGCUCAUUUCCGGUUCUUUGUGCAAGCAGGCUUUUAGUUACUACCUCACUAAGUGCAUUUGAUGUUUACCUGCAAGAGUAAAGCUAUGAACCCUAUUGAAACAUUUUUCUUUAAUUAUGUGCAUUUUUAAAUAUUAUGACCUGGAUUCUUAUUGUUUUUGUACACUUUUCUUUCAAUUGAAUAUUGCAGACAAUUGCACUUUUACUCAUUUUGUGAAUUUUGUUUUCUUCUGCAAUCUGGACUCAUUUUGGAAUCUUUACAUAUUCAAUUGGGUUUCCAUCAACAAUUUCUUCGAUGUGACAAGAACUGAGGAUAAAGGAGUGUUCUCCAAUCCCACUGUCUUAUUUGCUGAACUCUAUUUUUUUAACUCUCUGCUCCAGAUCUGUCAGCUCUAUGUGGACUAAAACCAGCAGUUGACUGUGCAACAUGUUUUGAAGUUGUAUUUUGAAGAUUGGCACGAUGCAAAUCAAUCUACGUCAGAUAAGGUUACAGCGGCCCAGAGGAAGGGUUCCUUAAUUGUACACAGUAACGUCACCUUCCAGUCAAGCCAUACUCCAAAUUACAUUUCUUCUUUGGUGUAAUCUUUGCACUGCCGAGGGAAACAAACAACUAAUUAAGUAACUUUUCCAGGCUACCUUGGUUAAGAAAAAAACAUUGAUUCCUGGAAUCAUGUUUUUAUGUAUAAGUAUUCAGUUCCAGUUUACAAUGGAAUUGCAAGCGGCCUAUGAAGCGAACCCUGUGUGAGGCUAGUGGGCCCUUGAGUGGGGAAGGGAUCCCAUCGUGCUCCGUAGGGCAGACGAGCAGCAAACCCCUCUUCAUUUGACCAUCAAUCUCUUGAAGGAUAACCAGGUGGAAAGAACAACUGGAGGCAUCAGUGAUGAUUGUUGCAGAGGGAUAUGAUGUUUUGGAUGGGAUCUCUUUACUAAAUGACGACAUGAUAGAGGACGAUGACGGUGCCAGCUCCUCCGCCUAUGUGGAGCUGGAGAGGCUGGAGAGAGAGACUGCUGCCGCUCGCAGCCAGCACAGUACUAGCUCCACCGUAACGGCCAUCUCCGUCCCGCCGACAUCCCCGCCUUCGUUCAGGGUCCCCUCUGACUCGCCCGUAGCCUCCGAGCCGCCGGUCCCUCAGGCCAUUCAGGCCUUCAAAGAGUCGGCCAACAUGAUCGCCGCCUUCAACAUGCAGUGGAAGGACGAAAUCUCAGCCAUGCGCUACGAGCUGGCGGAGCUGCGGCGAGACGUCUGCGGGGAAUUGAAGACUUUCAACAGCAACUUCUUCAACUUCACCCAGUGCUACAACAUGUGGACCUUCUGCCGGGAGCCCUGCAGCGACAGCACCACGCAAACGGACGACAGAGUGUCCGUGGGAAUCCAGGCGGGCUCGAGCUGGUCCAUUCACCAAACCCGGCAGAGCACGCACGACAAGUCCGUGAUGUGCCAGCCGGAGGCCGCGCCCUUCAGCAUCAUGGAUUUGAUGGACCCGCCCCGGAUUGAGAUCAUCGAGGGAACCCCCGAGAGCACGCCGGAGGGGUCGGGCAGCCCGGCGAGCCCACUUCCAAUAGAGGAUUUCCCAUGGGAGGUCAUCAAGAAGCAAAAGGCCCAGAAGCAGCCGGACUCAGGUGGCCACACGGGUGGUCACAGGAGCGCCAGUCUAGAACUGUGGAGCAGGAAGUACACUAGCGGGCCCAUGUCGUAUCUGUCUAUGUCCUUCUGAACAUCCCCAUACUACACAUAAUGUAAAAUGAAAUGAGGAAGCCAUGAUGAAAACAUGACAUUUACACAGAAAGGCAGAGCAGAGUUGUUGUUAGAUGUCCCUUUACUCUAUGCAGACACAGAGUCUGUCAUCUCCCCAACAGGUCACAACGCUGCUCAAGCAAUCGUUUAACAAGUGUCUUGGUUAGCCGUGGAUUAAAAGACAAGGACUUCUGGUUCUACACCAGAACGAGGUGACACGAGAAUGUGAGAGAGAAUGUGGCUUACGCUCAGAUCCUCAAGUGCCAACAAGUGCAGCAUCAUCUUCCCUCCGCUGUCUUAAAUACCCCGACCGUCAGAGAAAAGGGUCAAUUCAAGUAAACACGAUGGGCCAUCUGAGGGUCACUAAAUCAUAAAACUCAAUAACCCGUCGUGGAGAGGUGAGGCAUAGGAGGGUCUGCUUCCUCAAAUAAAAAGCUCAUGUUCAUUCCAGUUUCUCUUCCUGUAGAAACUUUAUCUUAAGCACCUGAGUAUACUGAAAAAAUACUGUGAAUAACUUUAUAAACCCUAGUUUUUUAAAGAACGCAUUAAAGAUGAACACAUUAUUUCUUAAUAUAUGAAUAUAUCAUUCACUUUUUGUUAUUCUAUUCAAAGCAUUCCCUUUUCAUUGCCUUCAUCCGUUUGGUAGCUCGGUCCAGUUUAAAUGGGAGAACUGUUGAAGCGCAAAGCAUAAAGAAGUAACUGCAACAAAAGAAAAUUAGGAACAAAUUAUUUGUGAAAGCCCAACCGUGGAAUACUGAUGGAUGACACUGUCCAGAGGCUUUGUGGACUUAGUCCCUGGCUAACACUGUUUACUAUGAAUCCAUUGUGACCGACCAGCGUGUGGAGGGGAAACAGCGAGGCAGGGAGGAAAGUGUUGGUUUCACUUCACUCUUGCACAAAAUGCAUUCAUAUUCAAACUCUGUAUAUGUAUAUAAAUAUACCAUUUUGUACAUACAGAAACCUAUAUUCAGUAACUGUACUGUUUGCAGUUAUUAACGCCCAUUUCUAACCGCGCCGAGAAGGGUUAUAUAAGUAAUUGUGGUUCCAAACCAAACACAGCACUUUCUCCAGUCUUCAAGGUUUGUCUUCAUUUAUACCGUCGAGUUCCUCAUCUAGAUGUUUGUACUCCUCAAAAGAGGAGUUGGCAGUUGAUAGCAUAGCUCAACUAUUGUGGGGACUGGAGGUUCUUAAAUGUUUGGUCGAGUGUCUAUUCUAGUGGAAAAGGAAAAUGAUUGUUUUGAAAAUUUGGUGAAAUGAUUUGGAGUCAAAUUCUACCAUAUCCAUCUUUCUUAAAUGCCACUUUUCUCUAGUAAUGGUGCAAUCUUUGGUCCUGGGGUUUGGCUUAUCACUGCUGAAAGAUGAGAGGAGAAACAUUGGUCCCUAUAAGUAGACAAUCAUAGCCGCUGAGGACAUCUACCUCUCCGACAUGCUCCCGGAAGUGCAGAACACUACCGCUGAAUGUACCAACGCCGCCUCACUAGUGAUGGCUCAGCUGGGUCACUCUCAAUCCUUAACGACAGAGAGCCCUCCGUCAUCUCCCGUAUUUCGGCCAAUUGCUCAUCUUGUCUGUUUUUCAUAAUAUGAUAAUUACUCAUGAGCCACUGGCAUUCCCCAAAUCCACUCGUCCAGUCCGCCGUCCCAUUGUACCAACGUGGCGUAACCAUAGUUACUGUAAUACUGAGGCCAACCAAAAAAAACAUCCAAGCUUGACAGCACUCAUCUUUGGACGAUCGCUGCAGCACAGGACCACGUAUGUGUCAGGGUCCUGACUGAAAUGUGAACCCUUCAAAAAGGACAUUUGAUAAAGGAGAAGUGCACCUUCUUCCCAUUUGGCACGGCCAAAAGACAGUACUUGGAGAAAGGGUGGCAUUUUGAAAAGGAUGAUAUUCAUACGAAGGUUCUUUCAGAGGUAAGGUCAGAAUUAAAGUGGAAGCCACGGAAAGAAAGAGAGGCUGACAUAUUUUAGCAGAUGCGCGGCCUCACACGAGCGUUGCAGUAACUCGUUGAACCUGAUCUUAAAUGCCUACAUCAAUUAUUAACUUGCCUUGAUAACCUAAUAAAUGUGUUACGAAGGAGCACUACGUUUAGGCAUGUUUUGCUUGGUUCUGGGAAUUUGAGGUUUCGGUACGAUGAAUAAUAAGUAGGGGGUAAGUUUCUAUCUAUUGUUGUAAUUCGCCACCGUUUGCAAUACAGAAUAAGAAUCUAAAAAUCUUAUAAUCUAUGUAUUGUUGUUAGAAACCCAAACAAGAGUUUUUCGUCAUUGACCGUCUAAAGGCUCAGUUAGCAUUAAUCAUGAAUUAUUUUAGUGAAAGGCAUAAAACUGUGAGAACAUUUAGCAUAUCACUAUUUUAAAAUGAUAUAUAUAAUAAGUAUCUAUGAUUUCUUUUUUCAGGAAGGGCCUGUAUUCACUUGUUCCCUUUUUAAAUGAUGAAGAGGGGAAGCAGUGUCAUUCCGUACUUAUAUCUUAUCCCGUUGUUUGGGGAAUGCAAACUUAUUUAAAGGUGCUGAAGACUGGUCAAUCAUGAUGUCACCAAUCAACAUUCAUUCAUUCUAUGCAAGUCCUUUGUUCUUUGUAAUUUUACAUCAUCUAAAUAUUUGCAGUUGUUAAUAUUAGGUAUUCAUGUCAGGCCUUCAUUCAAGUUAUCAAUACCGGGUAUAGGAUGAUGUUUAUAUUGGGGGUACCUUCUUUUUUUUUUUUAUUUGAUUAUUUUUGCAUGCGCUAGGGGGCCACACUUAAGGUUGCUUUAGUGUUUCCUGGCGGAAAGUUGUUUCAUGCUAAUUGUUCCCAUUUCAGCUCACAUGAAUAUAAGCAUCAAAGAGUUUGUUGGUGAGAUUCUUGAGAUUCCUGCAUAGUGGUAGCAUCCGUGUGCUUUCAUCAUAUACAAAAGAAAAACAAUCAGAAGUGUAUCAUUGUUGAUUCAUUUACUGACAACUGUACAGAACAAUUAGGAAACAAUGCCUAGUAUGAAAUCAUUUCAAAUGCUGUACAAAAGCUUCAUUUUCUAAAUUUAUAUCAAAUUGAAUUGAAUCAAAGUGGUGAUUGAUUGAUCCCAGGAAACUCAACCAUGCUUUAAAAAAAAUUAAAUUCAGUGUGAUAUUAGGAUUUCAACGUUUAGCCCAAAGAAAUUACCCUUCCCUUAAAAAAAGUUGAAAUGUAGCAAAAUAUUGAUCAAAGUAUUAUUUAAAAAUAUAUAUAUAUAUAAAAUAUGUACAUUUAAGACAAAAGAGGAAAUAUGGUAUUGCCAAUUAUUUUUUAACCAUGCAACCAUAUUUUGUGUAAGAAAAUAUAUAUUUACUUGUCAAAAACUCUGCAUCGUCUCCCUUAUACGUGGCAGUAUGUAGUGAAUUACCUCAUGAGUUUUUUGUUUACAUUUUGUUGUGAUCCAGAGAUCUGAUGCAGCAACUGUGCCAACUCUGACGUCCAGCUAUUGGGACAAAGGUUUUUGGAUGGAAUCUGAUCUCACCUGAACUUGUAACACUGCUUGAAUAUAAAUCCUUUUCUACCCCAUGUUCUCUUCCUGCAUUUAUUCAAGGUUUUCUUGGAGAAAACAUGUUAACUCUGUUUUGCAUCAGUCGUGUUGCAAUUUUCAGGGAUCUCAGACUGAAUUGUUUGGUGAAUCAGACUUUGUCAAAGUUAUCAAGCACUUUUUUGGAAACCAUCGCGUAGCCUGCAUUUGUUAGCUUACGCUUCGUUUGUUAAAAGAAUGAAACCGGUAUGUGAUACAUUUUGCUCUUUUUUUUGUUUGCUUAAUGUGGUGUUUCUUGUGAAUAUUCAUUUACAUUUUAUUGGCCAUAUGUAUUUUUCAUAUAUUGAUAUAAAACAAUGGAUUAAAAUGUUUGAUGUUUAUGUUUAUGGUAAUUAAAAUGGCAAAUGGGGGUCAUAGCUUUACAAUGGCACCAAAAGAUCAAA